CUGAAAACGCGAAAUUGGAUGCAUCACCUCUGGUCUAUUGCGUCUAUCCUAAAACUUUGAUAUCGCAGUUCACGGCUGUCAUUCGCAGUCUAUCACCAGAAGGGGGCGCUGUUCCCUACUCUAGCCUCUCGAUGCGCUCUCGCUUGUGCCUGCUCUCUGCAGCCACCCCUUCCCAACGACACGCUCUUAAUGCAAGCAGAGCCGCUGAAACCGCUCGGCAGUGACACAGUAGCUGUAGCGUGAAAGAUGGUCGGCGGUCCUUGCGGCCGCAAGCUGGCCCGCCGCUCACGGUCCACCUUGAUAGCAGCACUCACGGUCUUGCUUGUGCAGACGCUCAUCGUGUGGAACUUCAGCAGCUUGGACACGGGGGAGGAGAGAGGGAGCGUCGGCUCAAACGCCAGAGAAAAGAGAGACAGGGUCGGGUUCCACAAAGCAGACACCGGGUACCCGAAAAGUGGGCAGCGGAGGCAGCAUCACCAGCCUCCGCUUGGAAAGGGGGCGUUUAAACAGAAACAGCAGUCGGACAGCUUCCAGUCCCAGCGCUCGAGGGAGAAACCGCGCACCGACAGCAACAACAACGAGAACUCCGUGCCCAAAGACUUCGACGCCAUCGACAACAGCAACUUCGGGGCGCGCUCUCAGCCCCCCAGGGCCACGCCCAGGGGCGGGGUCCCGGAGAACCCGCCAAUCCUGAGCAAGAGCUCCAACGAGGUCAUCCAGUACGGCCGCGCCAAGGCGCACACGGCGAGGCUAAACCGCACCCACCGCGGGGCGGAGCUGACCCCGCUGCGCCCCCAGCAGCCCCGGAGGCCCCGCCCCCAGCCCACCGCCGCCCCCGUGCCGCCGUACGAGCAGCCGCCGCGGUGCGAGAUCAGCGGUAAGGAGGCGAUCUCCGCGCUCUCCCGCGCCAGGACCAGCGAGUGCCGGCAGCACAUCGCCCACACGUACUGCCAGCACAAGGACCGCACGCUGACGCCCGAGAGAGUCGCCCGCUACUGCCCCCUGGAGGGGAAGGCCAAUGUGAAUAUCCAGUGGGGGGAGGAUUCUGCAGAGAGCCCCCCGGCCACACCCGUCCGCAUCGCCUUUGUGCUGGUGGUCCAUGGGCGAGCCGCUCGGCAGGUCCAGCGCCUCUUCAAAGCCAUUUACCACUCCUCCCACUUCUACUAUAUACACGUGGACAAGCGCUCUGACUACCUGCACAGACAGAUGGUGGCGCUGGCGAGUCUGUACCCUAACGUGCGUGUGACACCCUGGCGCAUGGCCACCAUCUGGGGCGGGGCCAGCCUGCUCACCAUGUACCUGCGCAGCAUGGGCGACCUGUUGGCCAUGACCGACUGGAGCUGGGACUUCUUCAUAAACCUCAGUGCUGCCGACUACCCAAUCAGGACCAAUGAGCAGCUGGUGUCCUUCCUGUCUCGGCACCAGGGCAUGAACUUCAUUAAGUCUCACGGCCGGGACAAUGCCCGGUUUAUCCGUAAGCAGGGUCUGGAUCGGCUCUUCCUGGAGUGUGACACCCACAUGUGGCGUCUGGGUGACCGGCGGAUUCCGGAGGGCGUGGCCAUAGACGGGGGCUCUGAUUGGUUCCUGCUUAGCCGCACGUUUGUGGACUAUGUGGUCAACUCCCAGGACGACCUGGUCACCAACAUGAAACGUUUCUACGCCUACACUCUGCUGCCGGCCGAGUCGUUCUUCCACACGGUGCUGGGGAACAGUCCUCUCUGUGAGAAGGCUGUGGACAACAACCUGCGCAUCACCAACUGGAACCGCAAGCUGGGCUGCAAGUGCCAGUACAAGCACAUCGUGGACUGGUGCGGCUGCUCGCCCAACGACUUCAAACCGGCCGACUUCCCCCGAUUCCAGCAAGCUGCCCGGCCCACGUUUUUUGGCAGGAAGUUCGAGGCGGCGAUCAGUCAGGAGGUGAUAAACCAGCUGGACGGUUUCCUGUUUGGAGGCCUGCCGGCGGACACGCCGGGCUUGUCGGCGUACUGGGAGAACGUGUACGACGAGCCGGACGGCGUGCUCAGCCUGACGGACACCCGGCUCACCCACUACCACGCCUUCGCCCGGCUGGGCCUGUCCCACGCAGCCAGCAUGCCCGCCCCCAACCCCAACGCCAGCAGCUGCAGGUACAUUCCCAUUGGCCAGCCCGUGGCGGUGCAUCUGUACUUCCUGUCAGACGUAUUCCAGGGUUACCUGGUGAAACACCAUGCCACCAAUCUGGCAACCGGCCAGCAGGAGACGCUGGAGACGUGGGCCGCACCCAAAACCUCCUUCAGGCUGGCUGACCCGCCCAACAGAUUCAGUCGGCUGGAAUUUUCUGAGAUUGGGACGGACUGGGACGGUAAGGAGCGGAUCUUCCGGAACUUCGGGAGCCUGCUGGGCCCGAUGGACGAGCCGGUGGCCAUGCAGAGGUGGGGCAAAGGGUCCAACGUCACCAUGACGGUGGUGUGGGUCGACCCCACCAACGUGAUCGCCGCCACCUACGACAUCCUGAUCGAGGGCAACGCCGAGUUCACGCAUUACCGGCCGCCGCUGAAGCUGCCGCUGCGGCCGGGCGUCUGGACCGUGCGCACGCUCUACCACUGGAGCCAGGUGGCCGAGACGCGCUUCCUCGUCACGCCGCUCGCCUACAGCCAGCGCGAGCCGCUGCGACAGGAGGAUUCGGUGAGACUGCACAGCGGCCCGGCUAAGAACAGCUACAUGGAACAGAGCUUCCACGGCCUCAACCCCCUCCUGAAGAUCCCGGUGCACCUGGCCCAGGUGGAGGAGGCCGAGCGCAACGCCCGGCUGACGGGGGCCGAGCUGGAGGCCUGGGUGGACGGCCUGGUGGGAGAGAUGUGGGCGGGGUCAGGGGUGUGUGUCGCGGGGACCAGCGCCUGCCCCGCGCUGCCGCACUGCAAAGACACCCCCUGGAGCUCCCUCAGCCCCGACCCCAAGUCCCAGCUGGGCCCGCCCACGGCACAGGGCCGAAUCAGGUAGCACCUCCGCUGGCCUGGACCGCCUGCCGCGACCCCGUUGCUGUUAUAGUACAGUAAUUUAUACAAUAAUUUAUUCAACCUUCCGUCACCACCUCAAAGGAAAAUGAAGAAAGGCUCCAAAUAUUUUCCCUUUCUUCUUUAACGUAAGCAAACCUGUUUCAAAGAACUACAGUAAGACCCAGGUAGCCCUGUGUCUGCUGGACUUCCUGUCUCUGCUGGACUUCCUGCCUGCGCUGGACUUCCUGUCUCUGCUGGACUUCCUGUCUGCGCUGGACUUCCUGUCUGUACUGGAAUACCUGCUGGCUUGUCUGGUUUGCUCCAGGCAUGCUCAGUCAAUCCUUGAUCAGCAGCCUGAUAGAGAGCCAGCAUUUCUGGGCAUCAUUCCACCAAACUGUGUGAGCAGCAGGACCGGAGCGUUUUGUGGCAGGUGUAGGACAGGGGGACUGGGGUACAGGGGUACGGGGUCCGUACCCUACGGCUUCUUUAAUCUCACCCCAAAUCUCUAACAUGCUGUUACCAGCCCCACCUUUCAACAGGUGCUCUAUGCAUUGGGAACACAGUUUCACUGCAGAAAUACCCAUUCUUUUAUAAAACGUGUUUCAUUGAUAAAGAAGAAUUAUUUAAGGAAGACUUGCAAAAUUGUUAUUUGGUUAGAGAAGGAGAAGUGGCGCAAAGGAUUCUGGGUUUUCUGUGAGAUGAAAUGAUGAAAGUGUUUCUAAUCCUCCCAUUGUUUGUUCCUGAAACAAAUGGAGACCUUCAGCGGUAUAGAUAAAGUAAAGGUUGGGGAUGACAAGUUACAGUUUUGAUUUUUAGCUACGCUGAGCGCAAUCUGCUCCAAAUAUGAAGUGAGCUGAAACGAACAAAUCCUUGAGUCUUUCUUAUGAACAGUAUACAGAGAGUCAUAGGUUGGAAGUUAAAGCUAUUUGGUGGAAGUUAUUUAUUUAUUAUAAGAUUAUAAAUCUGUAGAUAUUUUAGUCAAUGACUAAAGGAUGCAUGCUGCUUUUGCAGCUGGUGAAUCUUUUAUAUGUGUGAAAGAGCUGCCUUUAUUUACAAAGGCCAUCACCCCAGACCUGUACCUUUCAUUACAGCACCAACCAACCAGCUCUGAUGUCCUUCAGCAACAGUAACACUCUAAAUCCUUAAAUACUUUAAAUAAUAAAUAUAUUUUUAUUAUUAUUGGCUUUGGCUAAAAAGGAAAUGAGUAGGGAACCCACAGGUGGGUGGCAGUUGUCACUCCAGCUCGAAGGCGUGGCCAGUGUCCACAGCUGUGUCCAGCAUGGUCCACAACUGGGGAGUAAUGAGUCCAUUUAACCUAGAUCUGGACUUCACCUCCCAUCACCCCCUGUGGCAGACAUCCUGAACUGUUUCUCACCUGUGUUCUGUGGAGACUAAUUUGUCUAGACCACGGAUCUCAUAGUCAGUUCCUCGAGAGCUGCUGUGUCUGCUGGUUUUCGAUGUGUUUCCUGCACUUAAGUGCUUAAUUUGAGUCUUUGAUUGGCUAAAGAGUCUGCACACCUUGUUCUCAAAGCCUAAAUUGACCGCUGAUCGAAAGGAAAUGACGAAAACCAGCAGAGUUUAAGAGCAGUGCUGUUAAACCCAUGCCAUUUAUAAAGGCAUCAGAGUGGGCUAGCUCCCUUUCAGGAGCACUCAGGCCUGCCACACAGAGCUGGAACCUCUGGCUGGGUGUAGAAUCAUGCAAUCACUUUGCUGUAGAAUCACAUAGAAUCACUUUGCCGUAGACAAAGAAGCAUUUUCAGUUUGGAGUAAUACCCUUGUGUCAUUUUUGUGUCGGCAGAAUACAUGUGUAUAUGUUUCCAUAGCAACCAAUCUGUAGGCUGUCACAUUGGCCCUUUGGGAGAGGGGAAGAGUAUGGGAACACUUGUCACAUGCCGCUGAAGCUUUCAUCUCAACUGAUUUUACAUGAAGCGCAGAGGAGACCUGCAUAUUUAUGAGCCUGCACACAUUUUUUAGGCCUUUGGUAGAUGCACUUAUCCAGAGCGAUUUAUACCUUCCAUAGCAUCCAUUCAUGCGGCUGGAUACACUGAAGGAAUACCUGAGAAUUGAACUUGCGACCUCAAGAGUUACAGUAUAGGCCCAAUUCCUUAACCAUCAUGCCACACUGCUACGCACCUGACUAUAUAGCAGAAUUCAUUACAGAGAUCAGAUGUGUGACAAUCUGAGCGCAGCUAUUUGCUGUUUCCCCAGAGGUGCUGGUGAUGGCAGGAAAGCAGAUCUUAUAAUCCGAUGAAGAGUUGUCCACCGCACGCAAGAAGAAGCAGAAAUGAGUUAUUCUUUUUUUGAUCUUUAUUAUAAUGUACAAAAAAGAGCAAACAAAGCAUCUUGCCGAAGCUCCAUUAGUUUGGCUGAUGCAUAUAAAGUGAACCUGAUGCCAUUUUGGCUAAACAUGUUGGUCACUCUGUCUUUUGUACAUUAUAAUGAAGGUGAACCGACAGAAGAGUAAUUCAUUUAUGCUUCUUGCGUGCGGUGGACAACUCUACAUUUGAAUAUAAUGAAUAGUAUUUAUAUUUAGCCCAGUCCAUUGAUCUGUCUGUGUUCUCUCUGUAGGUGUAACACACCUUCUUUUGUUCAUGUAUUAUGUUUAUUUAAACGAAACAGUGUAAAAUGCUUCACUGUGUUUUUCAGAAGUCAUAUAUAGAAGCAGAUUCCAAAAUGUUAUAUAUAUUGAAUAUAUACACAGAUAUGAUAUAUAAUGCAAACCAUAUCAGCUUUUGCCAUUUUCGUGUCAGCUAGUGCAAAUUCUGUAAAAUGUAUGGUAUGUGUAAAUUUAAAAAAACAUGAAAUAGGGUCUAAUUGAUAUGUUUUGUAAUACUGGCUGCAUAUUUUGACAUGUUUUGUAAGUGAAAUAACUAUUUUGUUACAAAUAACAUGUACAUGAGUAUUUUGUAAUGAAUGUUUUUUUUAAACAUUGUAAAUAUUAAAUUAUAAGUAAAGUGGAAUGGAGGUAGGACUGGAAACACUGGGUUGCUAAUUGCUGGAACAAUGAACGGCAGGUGUGUUGUUGACAGGUGCGUUAGGAACAGGUGCGUGAGGAAGCUGCACCUGCGUGAAUAAUCAUGAGCUGCUCUUAGCCACCACCCCCCCACUGUCAGCUGCUAUUUGAUUUAUAGCGAGUCAGAUAAUUAUUUCCUGAAUCACCAUUAAUGUCAGAUUACAGCAGUGAAAGCAAAUUACGAAGGGCCAGUGAAACCUGAGUCUGUAACAACGGCGAAGCAGCGACAGGCAGGGGCUGAGGUGCGGUCCCCGGUUUGAAUGAUCGUCUGCAGAUCCUUUCAGGGGUUUGUGGUGAUGGAGCGCUGCUCUCUGCUGGAAUGCGUUGCCGGGCGACCGUCGCCAGGCUCUCCGAAUCCCGCCUUUCAAAGGGCAGGUCUGUGCCUUAAUGUGUUCCCUCACGAGCACAACUUAGUUCUGUCUGUCUGUGAACAAAGCAGUGUACGUUUUUUGAGAUCUAUUAUUUUUUGUGUGUGACUGUUGUAUUUUUAAAUUAAAAAAUGU